AUGGCGGCCCCCGCACCCCAGCUUCCGACCCGGUUUCCCUGCUGGUGUCGGGCAAUAUAUUCGUGGGGAGGAGAAGCGAAAAGCGACCUGGGUUUUAUAGAGGGUGAUCUGAUCGAAUGUCUGAAUGCGGGGGAUGGUCAAUGGUGGAUGGGUCGACUGCGGAGAGACCGGCGCAUGGUUGGAUUGUUUCCUUCCAAUUUUGUCCAGCUUCUAGGGGAGGAUUUUGUACCAGUCACCCGGGCGACUAGUCCCAUGCUCCCAGCCGCUGCGUCUCCGAUCACAAACCCGACGUCGGCUCCGAAGAAACAAAAGACAGUCUUCAGAAAACCGUUUCAAGCCCAUAAGGAAGCUCUCGCGCCAUCUGGCUCUGGAGGCAGCCCGUCUUCAACGUCACCAAGUGGAAGCACGAUUCCUCAAACACCUCCGCGCGAUGGCACAGUUUCCCGGAGAACGAAGGCAGGUCGCACGCCAACUAGAGCGGCCAGGCAACAGAGCUCCUUGUCUCGGCCCCUGUCGAUAUCCCGGCCGCCGUCUCGAGGAGUGUCACCGCACCCGCCCCAAGAGCCAGCGUCUCAACAGUAUAACAGCCUUCAUCGCUCUCGUUCCCGCCCUCCGUCCCGUGCAAUAUCUCCCCGGCCUCAGCGUCCUGAAGCCUUGCAUCAUUCACCUCUAUUGCCUCCCUCGGUUCCGAUGUAUAACCAUAGCCAAAUGUCGCAUUCGUCGGCGCGUGCAGUAUCCCCCCGGCCUCAGCCUCCUGAUAUUGGUCGUCACUCGCCUUUAAUAUCUUCAUCGGUUCCCAUGUACAGUCAUGUCCAAGAGUCACAUCCGUGGUCUCGCUCAGUAUCUCCUCGACCUCAGCUUCCCGAGAUCGCACAUCACUCGCCUCUAUCUCCUUCGGUUCCUAUGCACCAUCAGAUGCAAUUGUCACAUCAGUCAUCCCGAGAGAUCUCCCCUCUACAACUCGCAGAGCGCGAAGACUCCCCGCCACCACCGCCGCCUCCUCCUCACAGAGUUGCAGUCCAACGUCAGCCUUCCCCCAUGAGUGUACCGCGUCAAUUGGAAAUGAACAACCACUAUGUUGCCUUUGCGCGAACCCCAUCACCAGCUGGCCAUUCGGAUGCGAAUGGGCAGACACCGUCACCAUUACGAGACGCAAUGGAGGACGUAAUGACGUCGCUCGAGGAUAUGGGAAUAUCACGAGGCUCGCGUUCUCCAUCUCCCCAGCCGGAGUUCAACAAUCCCUGGUCACCGGCAGCCUUCGAAUCGUUGCGUGAUAGCCGGCGGCCCCAAAGAAGCAAUCGACCUUUGACGUCUUUGGGAUUUGAAGGCGAGAAGGAGUACUAUAAUAAUGAUACUACUCAUAGAAACAGCGUCUACACGCACGAUCCGUUUAUCGAGGGCCCUCCGCAAAUCAAUAAUUACGUGCAACGGAUGGAAAGUCGACUCCGACAGAUGCAGGAACAGGGCCGUCGAGCGUCCGAAGAUAUACAGCCUCCAGUCGGCAACGAUGAGGAUGAAGAGGACAUGCCCCCUCCGCCACCGCCAAGGCACGGGGGAUAUCACGGACGGAACAAUUCUAUACCCACUCAUUUACCCUCGUUACGAAGCAGACGGUCAGGAAAUGAUCUCAGGAAUGAUAUGUUGAAUCGGAGCUACACCAAGUCGUCGAGUACGACGAAUUCUUCAAGUGGCGUACAAAGUAACAUCACCAAUCAAACUUCCAGCACUGACGGAACCAGCCAAAGCCUGAUGAGCGGAGCUUCCGCCGGAGGUUUUAGCGCAACAAGUGCUGGAAGUUACGCCAGGAGAGGUAAUGGGGCAGGCGAAAGGCCAAGUACCGCAGUAGACACGGUCCGAUCCAGAGGGUUCAGCGAUCUUGCGCGAAUGUCACGUCCCGAAUCGCCCAUGAGCGGUGUAUCCUAUCACUCUAGUCAUAACACUUCCCGGCAGGGCGCCUCUUCUGCGAUUCCUUGGUCAGCCUCGGCUCCCGCACCGGAGGAGCCAAACAGCGUGUUUGGAGGGCUGGCAACCCCGAAGGCGAAGAAGCAAGGGUUUUUCAAGAAGAUACUGGAAUCAGCGAAGACUGGGGCUGCGAAUGCUAGAAGCAGCAUUGCCGUAGGGCAUAGCGGAGGACCCUAUUCUCCGACUAAAGGGAGGGCGAUCUCACCAAUCCCAUCCUCACCCUCGAUGCGAGACGCCGCCGCCCGCGAAAUGGGAAUGAGCAGUAACUCCAUAGACUGGGUACAGGUGCGGCGCGAUGUAAAUCGUGCAACGUCUCCCAGUCGGAACGAGAAGGUUGAGAGAGCAGAGAGGUGUCAGAUGAUGGACCAUCCUGUGAUCUACGCAGUUGAAGAACUACAUGAGACCGCAGAAGGGGGUGAGAGCAUCGAUGGCUUGCCCAUCGGCGAGCCUCUCGAUUUUGGUAACGUCAAUCUUACCCUUGUCGACAAGAGCGCGCGCUUCGUCAAUAGUCUUCCCCCAAUGACUAAUCCGAUGAGUCUUGCUCAAGGAUAUGUCUGUCGCCCUUAUAAGAGUGACGUGCAGAGGCUGCGCGCUAUCUUCACCUGGGUGAGCGAAAAGAUUGCAUGGGACGAGCCAAUAGAAGAUAUGGAGAUCGAUCUAAAGCGUGUGCUACAAACCAAGAGAGGCUGCGCCCAGGAGGUCGCCUACCUGGUUCGAGAGAUGUGUGCUGCGGUUGGUUUACAUGCCGAGGCAAUUGAGGGGUUCCUCAAACCCCCUGGCGAAGUUUUUGAUUUGGAUAGUCUUUCGCGCCCAAACCAUUGGUGGAAUGCUGUGCUUGUCGACGGCGAAUGGCGCUUUAUGGACUGCUCAAUCGCGAGUCCAACAAAUCCUUUCCGAAAUCAGUUUGUGACUACGAAUACGACAGCGGCCGAGUCUUGGUACUUCCUCGCUCGACCCCUCGAGUUCUGCUAUACACAUGUGCCGCUUGAGCCUGAGGGACAACACAUUUGUCCUCCGAUCUCCCCGGAUGUCCUUCUCGCACUCCCUACCGUAUGUCCAACAUAUUUCAAGAUGGGCCUACAAAUUCCAGACUACGACACCAGCGUCUUUCGUCUGGAAGGACUGGAAGUCCUUCAAGUUCGUAUCUUGGUUCCAGCGGACGUGGAAUGCGCUGCAGAGGUUGAGGCGCCGGCAUUUGCUCGCGAUGCCGAUGGGGACUUCUUUGAAAGCGGGGAGAUUGUGCGAAAACGAGCACUCGUUCAACCAGAAUGGGUCAGUGGCCAGAAACGCAUUACCGUCAAAGCCGUCUUGCCCGGCGACGAAGGACAAGGAAUGGUCAAGGUCUAUGCCGGCCGAAAGGGGCUCAUGCACUCCAGUCGAGACAUACCUCAUCCACUUGCCUUUGCACUUCCAAUCAUCCACACUGGAGAAAAUCCUCCUUAUGAGUUUGUCCUUCGCCAUCCAACUCCUCACGCGCAGCGUCACGACUUGUACAUUAUCCAGCCCCAGUGUUCCAAACUGGCCGUCAACAACACAUUCGUGUUUUCCGUCCGCCAACAUCCUUCUUCACCGGCGCCUCAGCCGGCUAGUACUGAGAAUAGCUUCAGCGGACGCAUCUCGCCGUCGGUCUUCUCCAGACCUGCAAGCGCGCUCAGCAUGAUCUCGAGCUCUGCGGGAGGGUCGACUGUAUCGACAGUCUCUAAUGAAUUCUCCGCCUCAACCUCAGCCAUCUCCUCCACGCGCUCCAACUCUGGGCGUGAAAAGCCUGCCAAGCUAGCGAUUCAGUCACCUUCUGGCAAGAUCUUACGGCUCACCCGUAAAGCCGACCAUAUGAUCAGCAGCCCAAAGACUUCAGACUCGCCAAGUGAAUGUACCGCCGAUGGCAGCGUAUGGGAGACGGUCAUCAAGAUCGGUGAGCGCGGUCCCUGGCGAGGACUCGUUCUAGCGGACCGUGUCGCACGCUGGUGUGUCUUUUGCGAAUGGGAAUGUUUCUAA